UUAUUAAAUUGAAGUUUAUGUAUUCAAAAGUAAAUUGAAGUUAAAAAUUAAAUCAUUUAAAAAUAACUAAGUUAUGUGAUGAAAUAAUAUAAAAUUCUAAAAUUUUUGUACAUUAAUCUAUGGAAUUCUAAUACGUUUGUUUCACACACACACACAUUUCAAAGUAUUACCAAAAAUUUUAAAUUACAUUCUAAAAAAGUCUCUCCCUAAAAAACUUGAUCUCACACUGUUAUCUCGCUGUUCGCGGAGCACGAGCACUGUACGCGCGACCAAAAUUUCUCCAACGAAUUUCAGAAUCGGUUGGACGCCAGGCAUUCUGGCGGACCACUCGGCUCAUGGUACGAAUGUUUACAAGAACCCACGAGAAUCGAUCGAUCCGCUGCGGAUCAACGCCCCGACGCGACGUGGCGUCACGACGCAAAGGACCGACAGUAAAUAAACCAACAGACAACGAUAAAUACCUUACAAAAUGUACAAAUUAAAGAUAAAGGGAAAAUUCUCAAGACUAAAUGAAGAAAGGAAUCCGAACGUAUUUAGAUUUUCUAAAAUUCGAAAGAGUCGCGAGAUUCGGGUUGAGUUACCGUGUGAAUUCAGAUAUCUCUCUGGCCACGAGCACUCACCUCCCCAGGCGGCUUCGGAAAUCGAUCCUUUCUCAAGCGCCGUUUGCGAGGGGCAGGGAACGGGGAAAAAGCUGGCUUCGGGGAAAACGGAGAGACUCGGAGAGACUCGUCCGGCGCCAGCAGGAGCUUUCUCUCUCGUGUCGAUGACGGAAAGAGCAAGAGCACAGCGGCAACGCGCGAUUCGGAUCGACCGGCGAGCGUACGACCGGGUCUCCCUGCUCGGCGGCUGGAUGACUACUGAGCCUCGAAAACCUCGUCGCCUCAUUCCCCCUACGUGUGCUCCUUCCCCUUCAUUUCUGUGUGUUCCAUACCCGCGUUACGCAUCCGUUAGCCGUGUCCUAUCCACGUGGUGGUGGGUUUGCCUAAGGGUUGCUACUGAGGCUCUCCGCGCCGUCGUCAUCGCCGCCACCAAUCAUCGAGAACCGACGUACGGCCUCUACCCACCGGCUGUACAAUUUGUCUCGCUUUCUCCGCGUAGUAGCCUUGCAACUGCUUGCAACGUGAGACUCGUGUGCUUUUGGAAGAGUGCUACCUGUUCAUAACAAAGUUGUUCAAUAUUCUGUACGGAACGACUUUG